AUGGCCGAUCCUUUCAAGCAGAAGACGAUGAAGAGGAAGAACGUCAAGGGCCUUGCCCUCAGCGCGCCUCCUCCCAAGCCCGCACCGUCUGCAGGAGAUGCCCAGAUACCCGGUGCCCUGGCCAACGAUGAGAAGCAGGACACUUUGGAGAUCGGCGUCGAGUUCCAGCUGGAUCUCAAGGCGGAGGAUCUGAUCGUGCUGCGAGAACUGGGUUCGGGCAACGGCGGGACCGUCAGCAAGGUGCAGCACGCGGCGACCAAAGUCAUCAUGGCGCGGAAGGUCAUACACGUCGAAGCCAAGAACGAGGUACGGAAACGGAUCGUGCGAGAAUUGCGCAUCAUGCACGACUGCAACUCGGACUACAUUGUCGACUUUUACGGCGCUUUCCAAAACUCGUCGGGCGACGUGAUCAUGUGCAUGGAGUACAUGGAUGUCGGAUCGCUGGACUGGGUCUCGCGCACAUUCGGUCCCGUACGCGUCGAUGUCCUCGGCAAGAUCUCAGAGGCCGUCCUAGGCGGACUCGCCUAUCUCUACAGUGCCCACCGUAUCAUGCACCGCGACCUGAAGCCGUCCAACAUCCUCGUCAACUCAAAGGGCAACAUCAAGCUGUGUGACUUUGGUGUGUCCAGUGAGCUUGAAGGCUCCAUCGCCGAGACGUUUGUGGGAACAGGGACAUACAUGGCACCAGAGCGUAUACAAGGGUCGCCGUACACUGUCAAGUCAGACGUCUGGACGGCGACGACGACGAAGCAGGCGGACCUCAAGGCAUUCUCGAUCUGCUACAACAAAUCGUCUUAA